AUGCAGAUCUUCGUCAAGACCCUCACCGGAAAGACCAUCACCCUCGAGGUUGAGUCGAGCGAUACCAUCGACAACGUCAAGUCCAAGAUUCAGGACAAGGAAGGCAUUCCCCCUGAUCAGCAACGUCUUAUCUUCGCCGGCAAGCAACUUGAGGAUGGCCGCACCCUAAGCGACUACAACAUCCAAAAAGAGUCGACUCUUCACUUGGUCCUCCGUCUUCGUGGCGGUAUGCAAAUCUUCGUCAAGACUCUCACUGGCAAGACUAUCACCCUUGAGGUGGAGUCUAGCGACACUAUCGACAACGUCAAGUCCAAGAUCCAGGAUAAGGAAGGAAUUCCGCCUGACCAGCAACGUCUCAUUUUUGCUGGCAAGCAACUUGAGGACGGUCGCACCCUGAGCGACUACAACAUCCAGAAAGAAUCCACCCUCCAUCUUGUCCUGCGCCUGCGUGGUGGUAUGCAGAUUUUCGUCAAGACCCUGACGGGCAAGACUAUUACACUCGAAGUCGAAUCCUCAGACACCAUCGACAAUGUGAAAUCAAAGAUCCAAGACAAGGAAGGAAUCCCACCGGACCAACAGCGAUUGAUCUUUGCUGGCAAGCAACUUGAAGACGGCAGAACACUCUCGGACUACAAUAUUCAGAAAGAAUCCACGCUCCAUCUUGUGCUGAGACUCCGAGGUGGUAUGCAGAUUUUUGUCAAGACGUUGACUGGAAAGACCAUUACUCUGGAAGUCGAAUCCUCGGACACUAUCGACAAUGUAAAGUCAAAGAUCCAAGAUAAGGAGGGUAUCCCACCCGACCAGCAGCGAUUGAUCUUUGCCGGCAAGCAAUUGGAGGAUGGUCGCACUCUCUCUGACUACAAUAUUCAGAAGGAGAGCACUUUGCACUUGGUGCUCAGACUCCGUGGUGGUCAGUAG